GAUCGGAGAAAUCGCUUGAGUUUACGCUAUUUCGUAAAGAGAAUAUUGGAAACUAAAAACGAUAUAACCUGUGUCCUACCCAACCGCGUCUUUUGUAUGGGAGUGUUACUUUUCAGAUUUGAUGUCGUUCCACACGAAGUCGAUUGAGCGUAUCCUUAGUCCUGUCGCGCAGCAGGUUCUGAAGCUUAUAUUGUUGUUUGAAGAUGCCGGAUCAGGUACUGAAAUCCCUGAUCUCGAGUUUCGCGUGAAUGUCGUCAAAUUAGCUGUUGAUAAUCUUAUAAAGGUUGGCCAUCAAACUAUCGAAGCCAGCGAUGACCAGCUACUUCAGAAAGAUAUGCCGCCUUCUCUCAAACGCGUCGAAGAUGCAUCUUUUUAUCUCCAGGAAGCAGUUGUGCUAUUACAAAAAGAUCCAAGCUCAUCUGAGGCACGCAAAAACUUGAUAGAAGGCUCUAGAGGUAAGAUGAUUUCAUCUCACUUUUCUUAGGAAUUCUGCAGGGAACAUCAUCUGUACUUCUAACUUUUGAUAUGUCUGAGGUUCGGAAAAUCAUUGAACACUGUAGAAGGGUGCUUGUUGUGCUGGCUACAGCAGAACGGGUUUCAAGCCUCACAGAUUUGGCAGAUUUUGUCAAGCGUCUAACCCCUUGUAUGGCCGAUAUGAUCAAAGAAGUUCAUAAUCGACAGGAAGAACUAACUAUUCAAUCUCACUCUGCAUUACUGCUUAGGGGUAUAGAACAAGUUAAGCGUCUAACACCAAUUUUAAUAUCGUCUUUAAAACUUUGUGUGAAUACGCAUAAUAAUAAUUUACCUGGAGCAGCUGAAAGUCAAGCAAAUAGAGACUUUUUGUUAUCUGAGAUGUCCAGUGAAAUACAUGAAAUUAUACGGGGCUUGCAGCUUACUGAAACAGAUUCAUCAGAAUUAUUCGAUGAUGAUUUAGCAGCUAUGCAUAUGAACAAAGUGGCUUUCGAUAGUCGUCUACAAUUCGUAAAUGAUUGGAUUUCGGAUUCUAAUUGUUCUGCUGCAAUGACUGCUGGUGAAAAAGCAUUAAAUCAAGUGUUAAACUCUGCUCAAAAAUUAGCCAAUUUAGAUUCAACUAAUCCAAAUUGUAAAAUAAUACUAAAUUUAUGCGAUGAAUUAAAAGAUCUGGCACAAUCACUUAUUCAUUUGAGAAGAAAUGGUCAGGGUAAUAGUACAGAGGCAAAUCGUAUAGCUAAUACACUUAGCACAAAAUUAAGCCAAUUAUCUAGACUAUGCAAAGAAAUAUCAUUACGUGAUGCCAACAGUAUCCAACAUCAUCAUCAACAACACCAACAAGCGCAUCAACAACCUUCAUAUAAUCCAUUAUUCCGUUUGGCUAGAACACUAGAAGGUAAACUAGUACAAGCUCAACGGUGGUUAGCUGAUCCACGUGGACCUCUACGUCAUAUCGGAUUGGACGCUUGUCGUUCCCUAGUACACGGUGCAAGAAAUAUUAUCUUAUCAUCAGAUUAUUAUCAUGGUUGUUCUGAUGAUAGUAUUACUGGUAAAGCGGUGAAUAAUGAUAGUGAUAGUGGAGUUGAAGAUAAAGAUGUGAAUGAAGCUUGUUUUGAAGCCUGUGAACAUGUUGAAAGAGCUGCUGAUCGAUUGUUUACAAUGUCUACUCAAGCUUUGACACCGGAAACCAAGAAUGCUCAACAAGAUUUAGCGCUAGCCAUCAGUCGUAGUUUAGCGCAUAUAUGGCAAACGUUAGUGAAAAUAUUGACUACACAAGUUGCUGAAGCAUACACAGAUCUUGUUGGACCUCUGCGUCAAUUAGUUGAAUCAGCUUCACCAUCAUCAGGCAGUCUACCAGAUCAAAAUGAUUAUAAUGAGAAGAUGAAAGAAUUUUUAGCUCAAUGUAAUCAACUUGUUAGUACAGCUGAAUUAGCUGCAUGCACUACCUUAUCAGAUGUUUGGCGUGCAGAUGCUCUACGUUAUUUAGCUAGCCAACUAAAUGAGCUAGGUGGACAAGUUGUUUUAGCUGGUCGUGCUGUUGUCUUAUCAAGUGAUCCAAGUGUUCAAUUACAAUUGGGUGGGGCUAGUUUAAAACAAGCUACAUCAGAUCAUUUUCUUAUGAUGCGUCAACAUUGGAGUGAUACAGCUGAACGUAUGCGAGUACUAGUUGAUGAAGCAAUUGAUGCAAAUGCAUUUAUAUCUGCUCAAGAGGCUGGUAUGUUACGUGAUACUGCUAGAACAGAGAAGUAUAUUGCUGAAGUAUCUACAACUGGUGUUGUAGAGUCAACUACGCGGAUUGCACGACGAGCUAAUCGUGUCCUACAAUUAAUUACCCGUGAAGCUGAUAAUAGUGAAGAUCCAUUGUAUGUAGAUCGUAUGAAUGAUGCUGUCAAAGCAUUAAGAUCAACUAUUACACCAAUGGUAAAUGAUGCUAAAGGCUUAGUAACAAAUAUUGAUAAUCCGUGUAUGCAUGAACAAUGGCGUACAUCAAAUCGUAAUUUGUUAACAGCAGUGAAUUCAGUCAAGCAUAAUGUUAGUCCAUCAUUAAAUAAUCCAAUUACUUAUUAUCAUGAACAUUAUCAAUAUAGUAAUAAUCUGUCAGGAGGAGGAUACAGAGGGAUACCACCAUAUAAUAAAGAUGAUGUCAAUAACAAUGAUAAUAAUAAUAAUAGUAAUGCAGGAGCUAACAAUGGUAAUACUUAUAAUAAUCAUACUAAUAACAUCAACAAUGAUGGUAUCUCAUCAUCGAAAUCAUCAUCACAAGUUUCUACUAAAGAGUUGACCACGUCAACAAUUCCUAUCCAUGAAAUACAAGGAAUGACUAUUACAGAACCAACUAGUAUCGCUUCGCCUACACCUGAUCAACGAAUAUGUACACCAGAAACUGAAGUUGACGAAGAAUUCAAUUUUCCACCACCUGGAGAAAAUCAACCAAUUAUGGCAGCUGCACAUGCAUUACACCAUGAAACACGUUUAUGGUCAAGUCGUGAUAAUGAAUUGAUUGCAGCAACAAAACGUAUGGCUGCUUUAAUGGCUCAACUUAGUCAAAUUGUCCGUGGUGAAUAUGGAACAAAGAAAGAUUUGAUAACUGUUUCUAUGGCUAUUGCAGAAGCAUCAAUCGAUGUAAAUCAAUGUGCAAAAGUAUUAGCUAGAGAAUGUACAGAUCGUCGUAUACGUUCGAAUCUUUUACACUUAAGUGAUCGUAUUCUUACUAUCGGUAAUCAAUUAAAGAUAUUAUCAACUGUCAAAGCAACUAUGCUUGGAACACAAGAUGAUUCAUGGUUCGAAGCUCCAUUACAAUCGGAACUGGAUUGUGGUUCUAAAGAAGAUCAAGAAAACACGGAAUCAUUAGUUGGUAAUGCACAGAAUUUAAUGCAAACAGUUAUUGAAACACUACAUGUUGCUGAAGGCGCUAGUAUUAAAAUGCGUGUACACAGUGGGCAUAAAUUUGUCUGGCAACCACGUGGACGAGCAGUAACCAAUUCAACAACAACAGCAACAAAUUUUCAUCGAUCUAAACAACAACAACCACAGCAACAGACAACACGUCCAAUCGUACAUUGACCAAUCGGUUGUUGCUGUUGUUGUUCUAGGUUGUCGUUGGCUUUGUAAGCCAAAAUGUGGUUUAAUAUUUUAAGUGAUUUUUUUCCUCUUUUUUUCUAUAUUGUAAAUAUAUUUUUAUUAUUUUGAAAUCAAUAUAAUGUGUAUUCUAAUGACUUGUUUGUUUUUAUUCGAAAUUGCCUCCAUCUGUUUAUUCUUUGUUUUUCUCUCCCUCUUUCAUGACCUUGAUUAUGUUUGGCCUUGACUGAUUUUCUUCGUCUGUAUAUUUGAACAAUAUUCACUUUUGUUUGACUCGAAUUGUUUCAAUGUAGUCCUGCUUGUGGGGGUGGGUAUUUGUGCGUGUGUGUGUGAAUGUGAGAGAGAGAGAGGAAGAGUUUCACUUCGUGUUCAUCAUGGCGUGUGAAAUCCAAAGAGAUCCGAUUAAUUUCUUAUCACUGAUAUCUUUCAACUAAUUUUUUUCUGUUUAUAACGGGGUUUAUUUCCCAUUCAAAGUUUUUGUUUUGUUUGAAUAUAUAUUUUUGGCAAAAAUCAACUGACUACUUAAAA